AGCCUAAAGAGUUUCUAGCUGGAGAAGGGAAACCUUAUGAAAAUGAAAUACCCGAACAAUCAAAAUGUGCAGUUCGGUAAAUUUGAAAAGAAAUAUCCCAGGUCUGUCCAGUUUUAGAGAGCUGAUAUGCCAUUUCAUGUAACCUUAAUUAUGAACUUAGCAGUUUACUCGACUAUGAAGUUUUACUAACUUUGAAGAGAGGUUAGAACUUUUCAUGGAAUGGGUCUCUAGAAGAUACUUCCAACUGUCUGAAUAUUUUUUUAACUUAUGCACGUUUUCCGUUUUCGGAUAGUCCGAUGACAAUAUUUGUUGAAUCAUUCCAGUUCUGUAAGGUUUAAGAGAUAUCGUAAGCAUUUUUUUCAAUCUCACCCAGAAUAUGAGCUUAGAAGUUUAUCCGACAAUGAGUUUUUACUAACUUAGAAGAGAGGUUGGAACACGAGAUCGAUUCCACUCUUCAUGGAAUGCGUCCCUGGAAGGUAUCUUUCACUGUCUAAACAUUUUUAAAAUUUUUCGGUUUUUUCGGGUGCAGACUUGCGCUUUAUAUUGUCCAUAGAGACGAAUUUCGAAGGAGUGUGUCGAAAGAAGAAUGUAAUAAACGUAAAAGUUCCACACUGAAAGACCUCUCCAGCUUCGAAGCGACAUGCUUUAUCAGAACUUCACUUCGGGUUACGAAUUAGCGGCUUAAAAGUCUAGUCCAAAAUCAGUUUGGCAGUUCGGCAGUUCCCGAGCUUCAAAUACAACAUUUCUUAAUUUUGUAUUCACUUUUCUUUAGGGGGUGCCCAACCUUGUACCCACCACAGCUGUCACUGGUAAAACAAAUGUCGCGACUGUGAGUCACUCAUGAUUGGCUGUUGAAUGCGUGCUGUUGCACGAUUUUCUACAUUAUUUUAAGUACAAAAGUUGGGUGACCUUUUCGAAAAUAAUACUUGUGGUUGUAGUUGUAGUAUAUAUGCAUGUGGUAUACGUGCAGGCAGGCAGGCUUAUAAGCCCUACAAAUUUAAUAUGCACAUAUACAUACAUACAUAUAUAUAUUAAAAUGUCAUAUGUCAAAUGUAUGCAGUUAGUCUUGCGGGUCUAUGAAAUUAUAAGUUGGCGCAUAUGUUGUUUUAGUUUUAUUUUUCUUAAAACACCAACCAACUUCGUCAUCAAUGAAAUGGCAAUUUGUCUCUUUAUUGUUGCGCGUCAAACUUAGUUGUUGCUUUAUUAUGACUUCGUUAGCUGCAGGACUAUAAUGUAUGAUAUAAAUAUAAACAUACGAGUAUGUAUGUACGUUUGAUGAUGUGUCUGCCACCAAAUGACAUGUCCAAAAUGCGCAACAAAAGCGCUUAUACUAAAUAGUAUAAAGUUUGAGUUGCUGGGAAGGACAUUGUUAUUAUAUUUUUGUUGUUUUAGUGGCAUUCAUUCGCCGAACAAAAAUGUUGUUUUUCGCAAAUUACGGUUUAUUCUAGUACUUGCUGUGCCUACGAACGGACGACAAUCGUGAUAGGCAACGCGAAGUGACAGCGCGAAGUCGAAAAAAUAAGAUUUAGUGAGUUCAAGAAUAAUAAGAAAAGCUAAUAAUAAAGCAAGAAAUAAAAAUAAAAAAUAAUAAUAAUUAAAAUCGAUAAAAGACAACCGCUAAAUUAAUCGAUAAAUAAUAAAAAAGUUGAAUUCACCAACUAUAAUAAUACAAAGAGUGGGAGCGCGUGAAAAGUGAAGAGCGAGCGAUCGAAACCAUGUCGGACGACAGCAUGGAUGGCAAUUUGAGCAGCAACACUUCGAGUCCCGAAAAACGUCGCUCGACGGUACCCGAUAUUUUACCACAUCAACGCAGUUUCGAGAAGCGCUACAGUCACAUGAUACACAAGCAAAUACUGGAGACGGGCGUGAAUAAGGAGGCGCUACAGCGGCAAAUCAAUGCAUAUUUCUCUUGCGGUGGCGCUGGCAGUAGUGGUGCCGGGAAACGACAGGGGUCUACUCAGGAAGAUGUGAAUGAAAAUGUGACUGAGGCCGCAACGGAAGGCGAGGAGCAACAGCAGCAGGAGAGCAGUUCAAAGCGUGCUGGAGUGGAAAGUAGAAAGACUUUGGAUAAAGCAGAAACUGUGGAUAUUGCCGAAUUGCAGGGAGCGAAAGUUGCUGGCGAUUUGUAAAAUCACUUUGUACGGUUAUUUGUAUGAAGAUGCAUAUGUAUAUGAUGAGCCGCCGUUUUUUGAGAAAACAAGUUAAGUUCAAAAAAAAAGUAUUGAAAUUCCAAUAUAUAUUUUUUGAAUACUUAAGUAAACAUUUUUUUUUAAUUAUCUUGACUUGCUACAUUUUUGGAUAUUCUAUUUCGAAUUUCUGAACUUGUCAAGAUUUUCUUUGAAGUCUUAAGUUUUAAGUUUGAGAUAGUAUUGAGUAUUGAAAUUGUAAAAAAUAUGUUUUUAAUAUUCCAUCGGUCCAAUUUCACUAUUUUUUCAGUAAAAAUACUAAAAUCUUGUUGUUUUUACUUUGACAGCUAUCCCUCUAGGAUAUUCUAUAAUUGAAAUUGAAAAAAACACUUUCUUUAGAAUAUGUUUUUUAUGCAUUUAAAAAAAUAUUUUAAUAAGAUAUUCUGGUCUUUAAGAAUAAUUUUUUUUUUUAAUUUUUAAAUCUGUUUGUUUUCUACUUUUAAGGUUAUGAAACAAAAAAAAUUCUGAAUGCGCGAAGUAAUUGAUACUUAUACAAUACAUAUAGUAUAUUAGAGUCUAGCUCAAUUUUGAAAAUUUCGUCUAAAUAAAGCUUUACAUAUAAUCAUUUUCGUAAACUAAAAGCAAGUGUUUCACUUUUUUGUUGUAAACAUAUGUUGUUGUUGUAACGGUUAUAUAGACCUACUUGAAACGACAAGCACAAAUCAAUUAUAGUCGAAGUUAUCGAACGGCAGGCCCAGCAAAUAAGCUGUUUCGACAGGUUCGGACCAAUGGGAGAGGUAUGUUAGUUGGAUGGGGUUAAUUGGGCAUGCAAAGAAGUGGUUAGUGUCAUUGCAUGCCGGACAUAUGUUGGCUAUCUCGGGGUACAGUCUGGAUAAGUAGGAGUUUAAUCUACUACAGUAGCCAGAACGAAGUUCCGCGAGGGUUACUCUAGUUUUGGCGGGGCAGUUCGAGCUCGGUGUCUGAGUCAAGGAAGGUGUAAAUAGCUUAUCUAUAAAUGGCCUUCAGUGCUUGUGGGUAGUCAAAUGCGUCCGUAAUCCGGGCGGUAAGUGCAAGACGUCGACGUAUUUUAGGAAACACUCUAGAUGGGGAUGAAUAUUCUGGGAGGCGGCUCAGCUUCCAGCAAGUGACUGCAGGGUUGGUUACUGUGAAAGCAUUCCAAUAGAAACUGCUUGGUGAGCAAUUCAUUAUGCUCCUUAACAGGCAGCAUAUAGGCACCGUUGUGUAAGUGCUCGACCGGAGACAUCAAGAGACGACCUGUGACUGUCCGGAGUGAAGAGUUAGGACAAGUCUGAAGCGUCUUUAAAUAUAUAUCACGAUCUCUUACUGCACCCAGGCGACUCUCGAACUGUUUGGAAAGUUAUAUUUCGAUCUAUCGUAGUGGGAAACGCUUUAUAAUUUUUAUUUCCAAUAUGUCCGAUUUGUUAAACCGUAUAACCCAGCACAAUUGGGAGCCGAAAUGUAUAUGGUAGAAUGAAUUUUCAAAUGUCUAUAUUUUCAGUAGAAAAUUUUACCUUUUAACUAAAGCAAUCCUUUGAAAAAAAAAACGAGGUCCUAAUAUACAUAGGAAGACAUAACAUAAACAUUCGGAAUUGGGAAAGGGUGGAUCUCGAUCUCAAGCAACACGCCACUUUUAACCUCUAUAGGAAUUAACUAGGGAGCUAUUAUAUAAUUCCAAAUCCACUUCAACAUAGACAAAUCAACAGCAAACCAAAUGAAAUCAAUUGCCGUCACCACAUAAUUGGUAGACCAAUUAUACCAAGACCAUUUGUUGCCACCAAACAAACAUACCUACAUACGAUUGCAUAGCACAGUAGCUGCGUUAAUCAAACUUGAAGUGAUAUUUGUCUGCGUUAUUAACCUUUCACGCACUUUUAUCGACUCCCAGAGCCCACACAAGCGAAUACUCAAGCUGUCGACCGAGAUGGAUGAGGGUAAAAUUGAUUGGCGGGGGUGAGGAAAUCAAUUAAACAAAUAUAAGGUGGAUAUGUAUGAUUGUACAGAUGUAUGCUUGCAUAUAUAAAUAUAUAAAUAAAUUUCAGCACAGCACAUCGAGCUCUAGAGUCAAUAUUAUAAGGUAUGUGGUGCGGGCAUUUCCGUACCGUACAAAUCCGGUGUUGGCAGUUCAUUUGUGUCGUGACAGUAAAUCGAAUCGGAAAGUGAAGUGCUUAUGUCGAGUGGUUGGACAUAAUGAAACGGACAGUGCUGUAAGAGCGACAUGGUCAGCUACUUAAGUGUGGACAGUUGUGGAGUGAGAGAGAGAGGCUUUAAAAGUGGAAGGAGGGAAGUCGGAGCGGGGGUUACACGCAGGAUGCGAGCAACUGGAGGACGGUCGAUUGUACGAACUUCUGUUUGCAUUUGGCAACACUUGAACGCCUCAAUGCCAUACAAACCAAGUGCAGCCAAUUCACUGAAAACACCAACACACAAACACACACAAGCACAAGCAAAGGCUCGCACAACAAUGGCGUUCGCAUUCAAGUGGAAUUGAUGCAUUGAAAUCGGCAUUGGCGACAGGAUAAUAAGGCGGGGAAUGGCGUAGAAUUCGUGUGGUUGGCGCAUAGCGUACACAGCAGUGGAAAUAGCUCAAGUGACUGGCAUUACAAAUUCAUAGCAUAGUGGAUGGUUGGAGAAAGCGUUUGAAAGUAUUUUUCUUUUCUUUUUUUUUCUACUGCGUAAACAUGUGGGUAAAACGAAAACGCCGCUGACAAAGCAACAAGUGGCUGCGAGUGCAGCUAAUGCCGUUACAAGCAUUUGGCGUAAAGGAAUUGCUUGCGUGAAAACUUUUGGAUUCUUUUCUUCUACUUUCUUUUUUUUAUAUUUUCUUUGAAGAAAUGUCUUCUCAAAACUGUUUACCGAACGAAGAAGCGCAGGAAGGUAGGGGAAAAGUGUGUAAAUGUUGUUAAAUGAGUGGAAAGUGAGUGUGAAGUGAACUUUUGUAUUUUGUACAGUGUGUAAAUGCUUGAAGAAAUGGAAAAAAAUUAAAAUAAUGUGAAAAACAACAAAAAACGUUAACUUCGGCUGUACCGAAGCUAAUAUACCCUUCACAGGUGCAUUUCUUUUAGACACAUAGUUAGUUUAAGCAAAUCUAAAGACGUAAGUAAAAAAAAGAAGACAUUUUACUAAUUCUUUUUAGCCGGGUUGUUUGCUAGAAACAUUAAGGUUAUUAGGUAAACCGAUCUGAACAAUUUCUUCGGAGAUUAUAUUAUUACCUUAGGCAGUAAUCCAUGUCAAAUUUCGUGAAGAUAUGCAGUAAAAUGCGGAAGUUUUCCAUACAAGCCUUUGAUUCCGACCGUUCGGUUUGUAUGGCAGCUAUAUGCUAUAGUGAACCGAUCUGAACAAUUUUUUCGGAGAUUAAAUUAUUUCUAUGAGCAAUAACUCACACCAAAAUUCGUGAAGAUAUGCAGUAAAAUGCAGAAGUUUUCCAUACGAGCCCUUGAUUCCGAUCGUUCAGUUUGUAUGGCAGUUAUAUGAUAUAGUGGUCCGAUAUCGGCAGU